AUGGCUGCAUACUUGGAAAGAGUAAAGGGCUAUCUGGGACGAUUGGUAGAAUACAACAUAGAGCAAAUCCCAAGAGAAAGGAAUACCCAUGCCGAUGCCCUCGCGAAACUGGCUUCCACCAAGGAUGGAGAUAUCCUGGAGUCGAUACCCGUGGAAUACCUACCUAGGCCCAUCAUUGUCAGCACGGAUGUGCACAUGGUUAGCACCCCAAAGGAGUCAUGGACUGAACCGAUUAAGAGAUACCUGGAGAAAGGAACCUUGCCCGUGGACAAAAAAGAGUCCCGGAGGUUGGUGUAUAAGGCUACCAGGUACACCUUGGUAGACGGGGUUCCUUACAAGAGAGGGUUCUUGAUGCCACUCCUACGAUGUGUGGAAGAGGAGGAGGCAUUGAAAGUACUGCAUGAGAUACAUGAGGGUGAGUGUGGCAACCAUGAGAGUAGACCCUCCACAGCAAGGAAGGCAAUGAGGCAAGGGUACUACUGGCCCUCCACGGAGAGAGACGCAAACGACUUCACCAAGAAAUGCGACAAAUGCCAGAGGCAUGCCAACUACACUCGGAAGCCCCCAAAUGAGCUAACUAGCAUGACCAGCCCCUAG